AUGUCUGCUAAGACCAACCUCACUACCACUGAUGGUGCUCUACUCCCCAACCCUACAACGUUUCGCGAGCUUGUUGGAUCCUUGCAGUACCUCACCAUCACCCGACCUGACAUUGCCAUUGCAGUUAACACAGUUUCCCAAUUCAUGAGCCAACCACGUGUGCCUCAUUUUAUUGCUGUGAAACGCAUCCUCCGUUACAUAAAAGGGUCUCUUGGUCAUGGGUUGUUGUUUAUUCCGCAACAAGGCUGCGCUUGUCUUUUAGCCUAUUCUGAUGCUGAUUGGGCUGGCUGUCCGGAUUCUCGUCGCUCAACAUCUGUCUAUCUUGUGUACCUUGGCUUUAAUCUUAUCUCAUAG